AGUGUGCAGCAUGUAGUCAACCUAAAUAGAGAAUGUGGAAUUUUCUAGUCCAGUUAAACUCAUUCUCUUUCCAAAUGCAGAUUUUAGUGUUGAACAAUAUUAAAGCAGAACUGCAUUUGCCUGCAAGCUUUUUUUUUUUUUUUUACAAUCUUCUAUAUUAAUUUAUUUCUAUAAUUAGCACCAUGUUUUUGGUAAACAUUGUUUUUGCAUGGUAUCAGGUUUCAUUUACUCACACCAGUAUUCAUCCAUUUCUCACAGUUAUGAAACAGUAGCAUCCAUUUUGGGGCCAUCUAGCUUGGCUUUAGCUGAAGUUGAUCACCAACCCAAGGCUGUCUCUUCUAUGGGUCUAAACGACAAGACAGUUACCCCUUCGGAUGAGUUCUUUCCACAGUUCGCAGAUAUCCCUGCAGCCUUACAGAAGACAACGGGCAAAUUUGAAGGCAUUCAGACCACACUUGAUAAAUAUCCAACAAGUGUUGAGCCUUACAUGCGGGACUUGGUAGAUGAUCGAUCGUCUCCAUUGCCAACUACCGACAAUGAUGAGGGGUUUUUAGUUUGUGCAAGCAUGAAGAAAUGGCCACCACUGACCGAGGCAGAUAUCACUGAAAUAUCAAAACAAGAAAAUAAACAAGUAGAGGAACAUGAGGCCUCCCUUGGUCAAAGGUGUCAAAAGGAUAGAUUCCUCAAAGGGCAAGACUCUGAGGUCGAGACUGAAGUAGAACAGGAUGAGGUUAGAACAGUGUUGACUUCUUCCUGGCUGGACAAAGGGUGAGUGCUAGUGGACUAUGUUUGGUUGCACGGUGUGUACAUGUUCUGCAUUUUUGGUGAUAACAUUUCUCUUGUUCUGCUUAUAAGCACUUACUACUCAGGAAAUUGUGACGUGGAGUCAGCUCUUUGUCGUAGCCAGAACUGGCAUUAUGAUGUGGAAUGGUAGUGUUCUUUUUUCCUCAUGAAAGCUGUUGUUAACUAGCUUUGUCUUUGUCUUCUUUAUUGGCUGCUGUGUUGUUGUCAUGAUAGUUAGCAUGUGAAGCAGAAUACUAUGAACGAAAUUUAUUUGUGUAUAUUUUUGUGCUUUAACGUUUGGUUUCUGUAUUUUGGUCAAAAAGAUAAAUAGUUUGCGAAAGGGUGCAUGGUACAAAUGUUUGACAAAAUCAAGAAUGGCCAAUUCUGAAGCUUGUCCUUUCUUUUCCUUAAGCCCCCAACAAAACAGCUUGGAAGAAAUGUCAGCCACAUCCCUACAGCCUUCACCAAAUGACCCACUUACAAAUACCAAUAAACUCUGGCACGAACCCUCAGAUGAUCAAAACAUUAAUCCAGUUACAGCACAAGCUGACAUUGCUGUCCCUCAGCGAGGCAGACAGCCGAAGCGAAAAAUUCAAGACCCUCAACAGAAAGGCUGUGAUCAAGAAGGAGACACUGUUCCUGUCCGGCCGCUCAGAGGGAAGCGCAGCCUAAAAACAGAUUGCAAACAACAAGUUGAUGUCUUGUCUGUCACGUGCCUCCCUGAAGCUUUUCCAGUUAAGUCUGUAAAGGAAAAUGCUGCUGCUGAGAUACUUUCUACACAAUCUGCCACUGACCAAGUCUCCUCUUGCAACAUAAAGAAAGCAGACAGUAACGUUCCUUUAGGUGUACCCCAGAAUGGUCAUCAAAUUGAAAGUGUUAACACUCAAGUGACAUCUUCCACAGAUGACUAUAAACACAAAGGGGAAGCUGAAUCAGUGCAAACAUCCGUGGAUGUCAUUCCUCCUCCUCGUCUGAAAAGAAGAGACGAUAGUUUGUCACCUGGAACCCGACAAAAAAAUGCCCCUUACAAGCCACUGAUGUCUGUCACUACUACAAAACAAUCUGUCCCAUUAGUUCAUGAUCGACAUGAUAUGAAAGCUACUGUUAGUUCUGCUUUGGAAACAGAUCUUGUUAUCUGCCAACCUUGUGAGAGAAUACCUGAUGUCGCAGGUAGCCUUGGACCAUUAAUGAACAUUGAUAAACUCAGUCCAAAAGCCAAUGACACUAGCUCCUCACAAAUGACAGAAGAAAAAGGUUUUAUAUUGAAAGAACACUCUCAAGAAGCUGAUUUGGUUAGGAGUGCAUCCCUACAGACAGACACAGAUUUUGUUUGCUCAAAGGAAAAAGAAGAUGCUUCUUGUCCUCUGGAAUGUCCCCCAAAAGAUACUAAUACAUCUAUCCAGUCUGCAUCUCACAAAAUUCAACCUUCAGAAACUAAAGAAAUGAAGAGAAUUAAUCCAAAGCCAGAUAUAUUUAAUGUUGAGCAAACUGCUCCCCUUUCAAUCAUUAAGAAGAUUCGUCUUCCUCAACGUAGCAAGAAGUUGCCUUCAAGAAAAUCUGUCAGAACUGGCCCUGACAAGGAAGUUGUGGCAGAAAAUUUACGUGUUGCUAACAAGGAGAUUAUUACACUGACCCAGUCCAACACAAAAGUGGAUAACAUAAGAGAAAUAAAACAGCCAAUAAUAGCUGAUGACGAAUCUGUUGGCACAAUUGAUAUCACAUCUUCUCAGAAAUCAGAUGCAGAUGCAAGAAGUGACAAACACACAACUCAUCCCAUCCCAAGGCCUCGUGUGAGGAAACAUCUCAGUAGCUCAUUCCCAGAUGACUGUAUUGCUACAGAGAGAGCAUCCCAGGUCUCCAGUGGAGAGGAGGCACAAGCAACGAGACAAAUUGAACCUAUAAUAAUUUCUACAAGAACUAAUGGAUUGCCAGUGGAGACACAGGGUAAAGACGUUUUGAUUCUCUCUGCAGCUAAUCAGUCUUGUACUUCUAUAGAAGAAGUGAGUGGUGUACAGUUGAGGAGAAGUAGAUUUUCAGUUGAGAAAACUGUUCAAGUGGAAGAUAAUGAGACGUCAGAGAAAACACCGAGACCCUCAAGCUUGCCUGUACCAAAACCAAGAGCAAAGAAACGUCUCAGUGAUUUGUUUCCAGAUGACUCUGCAAUUUCUGGCUCUUCACCUGUCUGCCAAUCAGACACUGCAGCUGAUACUGUUAAACCUACACUGGCUUUACAAAAUGAACAGUCAAGCUUGCCUGUGCCAUUGCCUCGGGCCAAAAAACGCCUUAGUGCAACUUUUUCAGAUAGCGCACAACCUGUGGAGAGUUUAUUUUCCACAGAAAUGGAAUUACCUCAGACAAGCCUAAGUGAUAAAACUGUCACCAGUAAAGAAACAAAGGAAGGCUCAACAUCACUGGAUUCAAGCAUCAUCUCUGAAGGAGGUUUUGUUGCAAUUCACGGUGAAGAUGAUAUUUCAUUGGAGAUGGAAAGGGAUGUGAUUGUGGCAAAAGAGUUUACUGAGUCACAUUCUGUAGAAGAUACUGAUGAAAUCAUGGAAGGCUGGACCUUUACGGAUGAACUUGUUUCAGAUGACUUGAAGAAAGCUAGAGAGAUUUCUGAGGAGGUUCACAUUGAAAAAGUCCUGGAAGCAGAGGUUGAUAGGCCACUCGCUUCAACUGUUGAUUCCUCUCAGGAUGACUGGCUGCAUGUAGAGAAUGAUAAAGACAAUGAACUAAUGGAAAUAAACGUAAGGAAGGAAAUAAGGGAUGAAGAGUUGGACUUUGGAUUUGUUUCUGUAGAUGUAGCGGCAGGUUGUUCAGAGAAUCAAAGACAAAGGGAGAUUGGAGAAGAGUCUUCAGGUCUGCCUGUAUAUGGCAAGAAGCGUUUGAGUGGUUCUUCUCUAGAUGACAGCAAGUCUCAAGUUUCUGCCCUUCAAACAAAUGAAUCAACAACACCUCAGAAAAGACCUGCAGUUGGGGCUGCCUCUCCAGAUAAUCUAUCAGCCAAUCCCAACUUGGUGAUGUCCAGUCAGUCUCUACUGGAAUGGUGUCAGGAGGCCACACAGGGUCACAAGGGAGUGAAGAUCACCAACUUCAGCACCUCCUGGAGGAAUGGUCUGGCUUUUUGCGCCAUUUUAAAUCACUUCCACCCAGAAAAGAUUAAUUAUGAAAUGCUGGAUCCAUAUGACAUCAAGCACAACAACAAAAAGGCCUUUGAUGGCUUUGCCGAACUUGGCAUUUCCAGACUAAUGGAGCCUUCAGACAUGGUCAUGAUUGCAGUACCUGACCGCCUCAUCGUCAUGACGUACCUCAACCAGAUCCGCACACAUUUCACUGGCCAGCAGCUGAGUGUGCUGCACAUAGACAAGGACAGCAGUGAGUCCAGCUAUGCAGUUGCAGGGGAAAAGGAGGGCCAAGAGGACCCAGAGGCAACUGUUCGCUACUGUGCCCAGAGGCUCCAGGAGGAGGGUAUAACUCUUGAGACUAAUGGGAGUGUAAGCACUGCAGACAAAGAGAGUAAAACCAGUAAGGAUGUGGUGCCUCCUCCCCGAACGAAAUGGUUGCAGGGUGCAGGGGCAAGUGGAGCUCAGUCUCCAGUGGCACCACCAAGGACUCAUUUCCUAUCCAAGUCAGGCUUCUCUCAUGUCAAAGACGCUGAUCUGGUCAAGAAACGUAGGUCACAGCGCAGGAGUGGGUCAGUAGAAGGAGCAGACAUAUCAGUGGCUGUUGCAACACCAGAAGACCAGGGCAAGACAGAAACUGAGAGAGCAGACGAUGUGGUCGAAGAGGAAAAACCAGAAGGCCAGGAUCCCAGCCAGUAUGUGCGGAAUCAGAUGGAAGCACUGGAAGCAGAACAAAAUCAUAUCGAUACCAGAGCAGGUGUGGUGGAGAGGAAACUCAGACAGUUACUGGAAACAGGCAGUGAUAAGGUGGAGGAGGAGAGACUGAUUCAGGAAUGGUUCACGCUGGUCAACAAGAAGAAUGCUUUAAUCCGGAGGCAGGACCAUCUGCAGCUACUGUUGGAAGAACAAGACUUGGAAAGAAGAUUUGAGCUGUUAAACAAAGAGCUGAGGGACAUGAUGGCAAUUGAAGAGUGGCAGAAGACUCAGGCCCAUAAGCACAGAGAGCAGCUGCUCCUGCAGGAACUGGUGUCGCUGGUCAACCAGAGGGACGAGCUGGUCCACAAUAUGGAUGCCAAGGAAAGAGGAGGUCUGGAGGAGGACGAGCGCCUCGAACGUGGCCUGGAGCAGCGCAGGAGAAAGUAUGCUAAGCAGCAGAAAGAGAAGUGUGUGAUGCAGUGACUUUAUAAACUCCGAGCCCCCACACACUGGGUUACCAGUCUGAAAGAAAGUGGUCAAGGGAAAUCAAAGGAAAUCCAAGACUUGACAGUUGUACACGAUCCUCUAAGAUGUGCCGUCAUAUUGACUGAUAUGGCUUUAAUUUAACAGUAAGGGGACGUUUUGUUCAUGCCUGUCACCACAGCUGAUCCAAGGAGAGUACUACCCCUGAAAAAACACUAAAACAGUAUGGGCUUGCUGAGUAUUUCCACUGAUAACUCAGAUGUUCAAGAACCAGAGCUGUACUCUGAUUAGGGCCAGUCACAGUAUGUUUAGGUUCUGCAUCAAUUGAAUUGUUAGAUUUUUGGCUUGCUCUCCUUUUUCAGUGGUCAGAAUGUGGUACCAGGCUCUGUUUUAUGACCUGAAGUUUAAAGCAGUCUGAGUAGCAUCAUUUUCACAUAUUUACACUUUCAAGCAUUAUAGGAUGCUUAACACACAGGAAUGUCAAGCCAUUCAGCAGAAGAGGUGUCAGUGCCAUUUGCUUUGCAGUUUCUUUCGUGUUUUUUUUUUUUUUUCUGUUUUUGAGCACUGUUGUUGUAUAUUGUGAUCCUGAAUGUAAGAUGGGUUGGAAACUGGAAAUGUGGGGUACAAUCAGAAACAGUCUAGAGUGGGGUUAACAGGGGUUGAUGGUCUGAAGACUGACAUUAGUACUGAUAUGAUGCAUUUAAAACUACCACACGAAUGUCUCUGUUGCUCUUAUUAGCAGGACAUUGUAAUAACACGACUAAAAAAUAUUUUAAGUUGAUUUUUCCAUUGGUCUAAGGAUUUGGUCAAUUUAGGCUGAAAGGACGAAUGUGUAAGAUUUAGUGGCAUUCGGCAGUUAAGGUGCUGAUUGCACACAACCAAAUGUGCCACACCUCACCCUUCCCUUCCAAGUGUGUACAAGAAAGUACUGUGACUGCUUAAAAUGCAAAAGGCUACCAGUGUUUGGUUUGUCUGUUCUGGGCUACUGUAGGAAGAUGGCAGAGGACCUGCCUUGUAGAUGCUCAUUGUAAGGUAAUGAAAACACAGAAAUUUGUACUUACAGAGGAUUAUACAUAACUAAAAAAUAAUUAGGAAUAUUUUAUUCAAUUUUUGCCAAUAGGUCCCUAUUGGACUGGACCUUUAAAAAGUGCCAUGAUCCAUGCUGUUGCCAUUGUGCAACUCAGACUUCUAACUCAUUUGUUGGAUUAAUUUAAAAUGUUAUUAUUUAUUCAGAUAUAUCACCUAGAGAAGCAGACACAAAUAUGUCUGCUUCUUUGGGAAGUACUUUCACCAAAGCUAGCCACCUUUAUUAUUGCAGCUUUUGACCUCAAUCUGUGUAGAAAAUAUCAUCACAGUCCAAUGACAUUUAAACUCUGUGUAAGCUGGUAAUGCAACUAACAUUUCUGAGACUUAAGAUAAGAGAUUUAGUUAUUCUUCAGGAGGAAAAUGAGGAAUUGUUUUAAGUAUUUAAACUCUUUCAGUGUGUCCUCCCUUUUAUUUUACUGUGCAAGCCAAAUAUUCCUAACCACAAUAUUGAUAUUUGCUAAAAGUAAAUUGACAUCUUCAUUGAUUUGAGUAAGAAAUGCUGCCUCUUUUUGUUUCUGUUCUGAAGAGUUUUUACUCUUUUUUACUUAAGUAAAAAAAGGGUUUUUUUUGUGUGUGUGUAAAAGUUUGCAGUUUCUUGUUGUCAUCCAGAUGGUUGUAGCAAUUGUGACCACCAGAUGUGUGAUUGUGUUACAGCUUGUCAGAAAGAUUGCAGUUGGAAAGUUUUAGUUUGUGGCUUUUAUGUAACAUUUGCACUAUUUGUAAAGUUUGCAAAAUACAAAAUACCUUUACACAUCA